AAAAAGAAGGAGGCGCAGCAGUGGCUGGCAAGAGCUUGGUGGCGCGGCUGGAUGCCUUUUUGGACUUUCCUCGGGAAGGGCUCGAAGCGAGAGGGCGGCCAGCGACGGCUCGGAGCGGAGCAGCACCUUCGCGACCCCAUGCUGCCUUCACUCAUCCUGUCUCUGCUGUCUCUCCUGGCAGAAGGGGCUAGCCUGCAACCAAUCAGGAUGAGCCACCUAGGGGUGUGCCCCAACCAGCUGAACCCCAACCUGUGGGUGGAUGCGCAGAGCACCUGCGAGAGGGAGUGCCAGGCCGAUCAGGACUGCGAAGGCUUUGAGAAAUGCUGCACCAAUGUCUGUGGCCUGCGGAGCUGCGUGGCAGCCCGCUAUGCAGAUGGAAGCCUCUCCUCGCUGGAGCUGGUGCAAGAAGCCACAUGUGAGAGCUUUGUGUGCACGCAACAGGGCUCAGACUGUGACAUCUGGGAUGGGCAGCCUGUCUGCAAGUGCAAAGACAGGUGCGAGAAGGAACCCAACUUCACCUGCGCCUCCGACGGACUCACCUACUACAACAAGUGCUACAUGGACGCCGAGGCCUGCAUCCGGGGCAUCAGCCUGGCCGUGGUGCCGUGCAAGUACAUUUUCACCUGGCCCAACACCAGCCCGGUGCCGAUGGAGACCACAGCUCACCCGACACCUGGCACAGGCACCGAGCUGCCCAUACCACCGGCCCUCUACAACAACCCCUUCCACCAGUUGGUCUAUGUGGGGGGCACGGUCAGCUUUCACUGCGACGUGAGUGGGCGGCCACGCCCUGACAUCACGUGGGAGAAGCAGAGCGACCACCAGGAAAACUUCAUCAUGCGGCCCGACCAGAUGUAUGGCAACGUGGUUGUGACCAACAUCGGCCAGCUGGUCAUCUACAACGCCCAGCCGGAGGAUGCCGGGAUCUACACCUGCACGGCCAGGAACUCUGCCGGGCUCCUGAGGGCAGACUUCCCGCUGUCUGUUGUUAAGAGAGAGCACUCCAGAGGGGAGCCGAAGGCAUCCAGCCCUCCUCAGCUCCCGCCCGGCGAGUGCCUGAAGGAGCCUGACAAGCAGGAAUGCGAGGCCUACCAAGUCCGCUGGCAUUUUGACUCCAAGAGAGGCUUGUGCACCACUUUCCGCUAUGGCGGUUGUGGGGCUAACCAGAACCACUUCGAUACCUACGAAGAGUGCCAACUGGCCUGUGUCAAUAACGCCAUCAACCUCUGCACUCUCCCCAUCGUGCAGGGCCCCUGUAAGAACUGGGAGCCCCGCUGGGCCUACAACCACCUGAUGAAGCAGUGCCACUCCUUCAUCUACGGCGGCUGCGAAGGCAACGAGAACAACUUUGACGGCAAGGAGAGCUGCGAGGACGUCUGCCCCUUCCCCAAGAUGCUGCAGUGCAAAGCCUGCCGCCUGAAGAGCAAGAUGGUGCCCAGCCUCUGCCGCAGCGACUUCGCCAUCGUAGGGCGGCUGAUGGAGAUCAUCGAGGACCAGGAUUCUGGCAUUGCUCGCUUUGCCCUGGAUGACAUUCUCAAGGACGAGAAGAUGGGCCUCAAAUUCUUCAACAUCAAGUACCUGGAGGUGACCUUGACAGAUAUGGACUGGAACUGCCCCUGCCCCAACAUGACCACCGAGGACGGGCCUCUCAUCAUCAUGGGCGAGGUGCAGGAAGGCAUGGCGGUCCUUGACCCCAACAGCUACGUCCGGACCGCCAAUGACAAGCGGGUCAAGAAGAUCCAUGAGCUGCUGGAGAAGAAGACGUGCGAACUUCUCAACCGGUUCCAGGACUAGCAUGGGCGGCAGUGGCAGCUGCUGUUUGUCUGUGGCAGAGAAGGGAAGGCAGACAACGGUUGAUGUCCCUUUCCCCAAGAGACUCUGCACUCCUUUUCUUGUGCUGUGCUGCAGCUAUGCAAAGACUGGGUUGGAGACUGGCAGGACAAAUCUGGCGCUCCUGGAAAGCCCAUGAGCCUCAAAGUGGGUCCAGAGUGCAGAGGGAUGAAUCUUUAUUCCAUGCCACCUCCACGGACCUGCCUCUCAUUUUUAGAUGUUUUCAGUUAUUAUCACUACUGUUUCAAUGAGCUCCAUUAUUGCUUGUAACUACCUAUUGUCUGUUUUUGUGUGUGAGAGAGAGCUGUAAUUUAUCUGCGCCUGUGACAUCCCUCCAGCCCAGCCUAUGUGGAAAUAAUAAUAAUAACAACGAAAAG